ACAUUCAUCCAGAACCUCUCCACAGGAUAUUGAGACUGCCCCUUCUAAAGGGGGAAAUUGCCAGGUAGAGACACUUAGAGUUCUUACUGCUAUAGGAAAGAGAAGACUCCUCCUCCCAUCCAGCACAUAUCCCAUGCCACCUGGUGACCCCCCGAGCUGGCUCAGCUCAAAGGUACGUGUUUCUGUACCUCCCGGCCACUCUGAGCUUCCACAGGAAACAGGUGCCAGCUCUGGGAGACUGCCAUGGUGAGGAGCAGUUCUGUCCUCAAGGAGUGUCAUCCUAAUCCAGUGCUUGGGCAGGAAUCUGAUGGCCUUUGGGUCUCCAAGACUGUGGGAGGGAGUUAUGGGGUUGCCCUCUGGGUUGGGGCCUGGAGGAGGCCAGGAUGAGAGUGGUUUGCUUUGCUCCCUUGUCCAACCAGCUUGCUUGACGAUGUGGCCUUGGUAGGGAGCGAAAUUCAUGUGGCCAAGAGCCAGGAAAAGCACCUUCACCACACUCACCCCUCUCCCCUGUCUCUGCUGGCUGAGGACUGUGUUGGGGGUCUUGUCCCUUGGGUGUGUUGCUGGGGUCUGAGCCAGAGCCACUUGGCCUAGAAACCACAGAUGCAAAUGGGGGAUUUUCAGUAACUCUGACAUGGUUCCCACAGGACCAGGUCCCAGCACCAAGGCUCCAAAGACUCAGGUCUCCCCAGUUCCUCCUCUCACGACUCUCACAAUGGUGCAGAGGCCAUGGGUCCUGCCAAACUUCAUUUGAAAGAUUCAACAACCAUAACCUAGAUCCACCUUAGGGCUUCCUUCUCUCCUGUACAGGACCAGAUCUCUGCCCUAACCAUUAGGCUGCUGGUCCUGGUAGGGACUGGGCAUCUCUAGCUUCUCAGUACUUUCCAGGGACCCAACUUCCUGCCACAACCUGGCUUGGACAUCGAGACCCAGCCCCGCAACAAGUCCUCUAGAGCUGGGGCCCCACAGGCUCAGCAGUGCCCCCAGCUGUGUCCCAGCUUUUCAUAGUUGAUGACUUUUGCUUCCGUGGCUUGUACUGGCCCUGGCCUUUGAAGACCCCAGAAAGCAAGGGUGUCAUGGUGGCAACUCCCUGUCCAGUCCUGCAUGAAGCCUUGGCUGUGUGGCAUUCCCCACCCCAGAGCAACUUGCUCCACUGGCUCCCACCUCUCUGGCCCUGUCCCCAAGAGUCAUGGGAAGGAGAAGCACAACUUUUCCCCAAACUCCAGGGGCCUGCAAUGGAGGUGGAGGGCCACUCAAGACCUGGCCGCCCUGUGUGUGUCUGUCCUGCCUGCCAACUGCACUCUCUGUAGCCCCUGCUCCCCGCAACCCAGGACCAGAGGCACUGCCCUCUCUGUCUUCUGGACAAAGCACAAAGGGAUGCCCUGCCAGGCCUGAGCUUGCCCUACUGAGGGACUUUCUGUGCCCCAGGAAGCCUCCAGCCCUGAGGGCAAGGCUACAGGCAGUUCCUCCCUGGGGGCAUAAGCCUUGCCAUGGAGUGAGGGGCUUUUAUUUGCCGGGAUACUUUAUCCACUUUCCUGAUAACCACACAGCUAGGGCUGAAGAUGCGAUAUGGAGAUGGCAGGCCUGGCCAUCCCUGCAGUGCUGCACCCUUCACUCACCCAAAGGAGCCCUCCUCCACAUCUCACACCCAGUAAGGUGCAAAGAAGAGUAUGAGACCACAAACCAAGGCAGGCCUGCUCCCAUAGGCGGUGGCCUCUUGUUGUCACUGCUGUCCCCCACCUGCUGUACAGCUGGGCCCCAGCACCCAGAGGCUUGGUUUACUUGGCUUGAGUACUUCAUCAGGCUUUAUUCAGACUGCCUCCCCACAGCACUGGCAGAGAACAAAGGAGGUGCUAUGUACAUCUGGAUCCCCAGAGAGGGAGUGAGCUGCCCAGGACCACGGCUUUCUACUGGUCAGGAGAGACCACCUAAGGACCGAGGCAGCUCAUGUUCUCUUACCCAUGAGAGUGGAGUUUGGGCCAACCCCUCCCUCAGGAAUUGCUUCAAAAAACAAAAAAAGCCGCCUCCUUCCCAAGGCUUGAUGCUCCAAGGUUUGACUGCAUCCCUUGCAUUUGGGUCUUGUGUGUUCCCCUCAUUCUGGCCUCUAGUUCUUUGGGUCACAGUUAGGGAGCUACCCAACCCCAAGCUCUCUAAGGCGCUAAGUUGAAGACUUUCCCAGACUAUUGGUGCCAAAGAUCCAAUUCCUGUGGACUUGGGGUGAAAACAGGUGAGGGUAUAGGGCCCAGGUACCCAGAGGAGUUAAACUCAUGGCAUCUGUCCCAGCCUGUUAUUCCCUGACAAGUGUCACUUCCCUCCUCCAGGGGCCUGGCACUUCUCUUUAUUCCUGGUGGCCUCACUUUCUCACCCAGCCUUGUCCCAGGCCUGCAUUCCUGUAUAUAUUGCUGUGUAUUGUGUGUAUGUAUUUAUUCCUGGACAAGUGUUUAUCUGCAGCCCUUGCCUGAGGAUAUUUAGGAUUGGGUGAAGAUCAGAAUACCAGGGCCAACUAAGGCAACCAGCUCCUAUUCCUUCCCCAACCCCUUGGGAGCCUGGCCAGUCCCAAGGCCCCUGACAAUCAGGCAGGCUCCCCACCAUGAGUCCAAGCCUCACUCGCCUGCCACCACUAGCACGGCCCUAGGGAGGCUUGGCGUUGGGCUCUCCAGCCUCACCUCUGCCCUGGCAGGGGUCUUGCAUUCAGGUGCAGAGGCCUGAGGUGACCUAGGCUUGCUUUGUGACUGGGGCCAGUAGGCUUGGUUCUAGUACCAGUGGUGGGGUCCUCCACAACUGGCCCCCAGACCCUGCCUUCCCCACACAGCCUGGCUGCAGUGGGCCUGAGCUGUGAGAGGGUAGCUUCCCCCACCUCAUGCACAUCAGGCAGAGUGGUGGAGAGCAUUUUUUGAUUUUGUUUCUGAAGUGGUGCCUGUACCUCCAGCCCCCAGGGGGCCUUCCCUGGCCCCACUUCUCUGCCCCCACCCAGGCAUCACCAUCCCAGCACUUUGCUCCACAUCACCCUUAGAUGCCCUUUGCCGAAUGUACCUGAGCGUAUGUAUUUAAAAGGACUCACAUGGGCAUCAGAGAAUUUAUGACUUUGUAUCCAAUAAAAGAUGGUGAAACUGGAAUACUUGUGUCAGGGAAG